AUGCAGCCUCAGGCGCCAGGCACAAGCGAAGCUUCCCUGAAUCCACAACAUGCACACCCAGGACUCAAGAAAAUUCCCUCGUACUGGUACCCUUACACAACAAUGGCGAAAGCGAGGUGGCUUGGGAGGGAAAUAUUAGAGGUUGUGUCUACAGAGUUUCGUGACAGAUCUAUGGAAUACUAUAGAUACGCCCUGGAGUCUGGAGUCACCACAGUAAAUGGGAAGGUUGCAAAGCCCGACACCAUCAUUCAGAACGGUGACCGCAUUGAAAACGUGGUUCACAGACAUGAGCCUCCAGUGACCUCGACUCCUGUCCGUAUCAUACUGGAGGAUAAAGAGCGUGAAUUUAUUGUUAUUAAUAAACCAGGAUCUAUUCCUGUGCAUGCAUCUGGAAGGUAUUUUCGCAACAGUCUUGUUGAGAUAUUGAAGAACGAUUUCGGAUACCAAAAAGUCUACACAAUCAAUAGGCUAGAUAGGUUGACAUCUGGCCUCAUGAUCAUUCCCCUUUCCGCUUCCCGAGCGAACACCCUCACUCAGGAAUUUGCCGCUGGGACAAUCAGAAAGGAGUAUAUCGCACGCUGUAAAGGCGAAUUUCCUGAGGAGGUUACAUGCGAGGAACCCCUUUUAACAGUUGAUAGACAGAUGGGUCUUAACAUUGUCCACCCAGAAGGCAAACCUGCCAAAACCAUAUUCAAAAGGAUGCACUACGAUUCCGCCACCGAUACCAGUGUCGUGCAUUGCCGACCUCUCACUGGCCGUUCUCAUCAAAUCCGUGUACAUUUGCAAUACCUGGGCCAUUCCAUCGCCAAUGAUCCUAUAUAUUCUGAAGCGAAGAUCUGGGGAGAGUGUCUGGGGAAAGGAGGCCUAGACUUGACCCCUAGUGAGGAGCGCGCUGCACCAGCUCCUCCAGAUCAUGUUAGUCUUGCGGAAUCGUCAAAUCCUGAAUUGCUCUCCCGAACCCCCGCUUUUGCGCAAGCCGUGUCAAGCUCGUCUCCCAACCCAUGCGACGAUAAACCCGAGGUUGACGGCCCACGCGUGUGCCAUACAGUGGAACAAACAGAACAAUCUAGCGAUCCCCCAAAACUUCUCCCUCGCGAAACGGGCCAUGAUAUUGGGAUGGGCUCACCUGUGCCGUUGUCUGCAGACAUGGUGGGUGUUAUUACACGGCUGCGGAACAUGAAGGAUGAAGAUGAGGACUGGAGUCGCUGGCGAGAUGUAGUUUUCCGCACUAAAGGUUUGUUGUCACCAUACGGUGUUAAGGCACAGCCAAAGAGUGGUGAAGCCCACCAUGCGAGCGAAGUCCAGGGUCCUCCUCAGCUUACGAAGGAAGAGGUUAUGGCAAAGCUCGAGACCUUUCGAAUACCACCGCCUCCCCCGGUUUUGGUGGAAUCCUCAUCUGCGGCGUCCUUGUCGCCCACUCCAGCGGCGAUGUCCAGUCCUGGUUCUGAGCCAUUUUCCCCACCUCCAUCCACCACCACCGAUGAAUCUCCCUCGUAUUGCCCAGAGUGUUACCUUCCUCUACACCCCGAUCCCAAACCUGAACGACUGUAUAUCUUCUUACAUGCUCUGCGGUAUACAACUAGUUUGGGCUCGUUUGAGACGGAAGUGCCUGAAUGGGCUGCAGAAGGGUGGACCUGGGAACGAUAG